AACUCUAAUGUUUGAUAGGUGGCUAAGUAUAAAAGUUAUUUUUCCCUUUAAUCAACUCCCUCACUUACAAUAACACCUACUUAAGAGGGCACUGGUGUUUGCCUGAAUUUUAUAAAGAGUAAUUUCAUUUCCCUGAGGAGAUACGCAUUUUGAACCUGUGUGAUGAGCCCAUCUGUUUAAGGCCUACAAGUCAAAUCAUCAAUUAAAAGAAAGAGGAAGAAAUACAUGGUGGUAUAAUCUGGCUUUUCAUGUGGAGGAAGCUGAAUAUGUUAAGGGCUUCAUAAAUGCAUGUUGGUGCUACUGAGGGGCAUCAGCUUUCAUAUCAGAAACCUACUGGGGAUGAUGGAAGAAAAGAAAAUCGUGAAGAGCCUAAAAGAAUUGUCAGAAAAGAAAGCAUUUAUGAUAGACAAAAUCCUUGCCAAGCGAGUGUUAAAGGAACAAGAGCAAUACCUUGUGGAGUGGAAAGAUUACUUGGAACAUGAGAGCUCUUGGGAACCAGGGCAAAACAUAGACUGCUCUGACCUCAAUGAGGAGUAUAUAGAAUCACAGGAAACAGCCCGUGAGAAGGAUGAACCCAAGGAGGAUAGCGGCAAAGCUGACUCCAGGCACAGAGGCAAGAGAGAGGAGAGCAAAUCAAAAAGCAAGCAAGAGAAGUUCCAAGAUUUGGAACCAGAGAUUAUUGAUGCUCGAAAACACAAUAGGGAGCUGAUAUUCCUGGUGAAAUGGAAAAAUAGUGAUAAAACUGACUUUGUUCCUGCCAAGGAGGCCAAUGUCAAGUGGCCCCAGCUGGUUAUUCACUUCUAUGAGAAGAGGCUGAUGUGGGAAAGUGCAGAUGAUGAGAAUUGUGACAAAAACUGAUUUAUGUCUUCAGCUGGCCUCAGAGUUGCUAGGUCAAUAGAUUUGAAAUGGGUAAGGGGAGAAGUGGUGUUUGUCCUGAGGCCAACAGAGAUAGCUUGAGGAGAUGUCCUUAGACAAAAAAUCUGGUGCCUUGCUUGUUUCCUGUGGCAUCCUGGGUAUCCAGGCUGGAUAGGGAUGCCAACCCUAUCCCAAGGGAGGGGGAAAGUGAUUCAGGCAGAGCUUUUUGUACUUUGCCAAACACAGAGCCAAAGAAUAUUCUGUGGAGGGCAAAAUUUGUAGAGUUAGAUGUGUGGGAGACCAAAAAGAAACUAGAGCUCAUCAAAGACUAUCUCCAAGACUUUCUAGAUAGUUUUAACUCUUCAUCCUUUAGCAUUAUGUCAUUUUUGGCUUUUGUUGGUAUAUCAUUUAGAGAGAUUUGGAAAAGGGAAAAGUGUGGGGGGUUAUCUUUGUUAUUGUUUAAAUGGGAAUGGGGAAAGGAAGAUGAGAAUUCAGUUCCCAGUCCAGAAGCUUAACUUAAUAUAUGCACAUAUAUAUGUAUCUAUAAAACAUAUAUUUCUAUAUCACUGACAACAUAAAUGAGCACUG